GUGCGCGAGUCCUUCGAGGCACAGAAUCAGUCUCGGGGUCCCCCUAAGCCCCGAACUGCCCAUUGUUCCGCGAGGAGAAGCCGUUGCUACCGAGGUCCGGAAUCAUGAAGGGCCCUCUCUUUCUUGGAGAGGGUCGCCCGCGGCUCCGCCCUGAAGUUGCGUUCUGAAAGAUUUCCGGGGUACUGAGGGAAGGAGGUUUCAGUGGGCACAGCCUAGCAGAAAGAUGCAAACACAAGCGUAACACAGCACGGACUGUCGACUUCCACCUUGAUGACUUCACCUUGGAGUGCCUUCCCGGUUCAGUUCCCCCAACCUUCAAUCAGAGGCCUCUCACAGAUCACCAAGAGCCUGUUUAUCAGCAAUGGUGUGGCUGCCAACAACAAGCUCCUACUGUCCAGCAAUCGGAUCACCACAGUCAUCAACGUCUCAGUAGAGAUAGCAAACACCUUCUACGAGGAUAUCCAAUAUGUGCAGGUGCCUGUGGUCGACGCGCCCAUCGCUCGCCUCUCUGAUUACUUCGACCCCAUUGCCGACCGUAUCCAUUCGGUGGAGAUGAAGCAGGGCCGCACACUGCUACAUUGCGCUGCUGGCGUGAGCCGCUCGGCUGCCCUGUGCCUCGCCUACCUCAUGAAGUACCAUGCCAUGUCCCUUCUAGAUGCCCACACAUGGACCAAAUCAUGCCGGCCCAUCAUCCGGCCCAACAGUGGCUUUUGGGAGCAGCUCAUCCAUUACGAGUUCCAGUUGUUUGGCAAGAAUACAAUGCAGAUGGUUAACUCUCCAAUGGGACGGAUCCCAGACAUCUACGAGAAGGAGACCCGUUUGAUGAUUCCACUGAACACACCAGAUGAUGCUUUUCAUAAGGGCCAGAAAAAAGUGUUGCUAUAGCAUUUAACCUCGUAAUCCAGCCAGGUUUGGUGGUACAGGCCUGUAACCUCAGAUUGCUGAAGCAGGAAGAUUACAAGGUGAGUUUGAGGCCAGCCUAGGCUACAUAUGAGACCCUAUCUCAAAAACAAAAUCAACAACAGAAAUCCCCAACAAUUACUAUCUUGUCAUCUGUGUUUUUAGAGACUACAUUCAUUUCUUAUAGUAUAGUGAAGGUAGCUUUUCUGUGAGUGGUAGGCUGCUGGGGGUGGGGUGGAGCUGGCAGAGGGUGCUAGGUCAUAGGAACCAGAGCCCAGUACGUACUGCAAGCUGGGGUCCCUGCAGCCCUCCCAGAGAUGACCAACCCAGAGUUGAAUCUGCCAAAAUCCCACCUCGUUCAUUCAGAGGCAAAGCCUGUAACUUCCUGGUGCUCUUCAAUGUCUCUCACUGUGCCAGCCUACUAGAUGAGGGGCCUUCAAUCAGGGUUCCAGAGGCUGCCCCUUCUACCUUUACCACAGUGGCCCAGUUCUGGUUUUUGAGAUCAGAUUCACACAGUGCUUGGAUCCCAGUGGUGCCCGUUCACAGGCCUUAGUUUAUACGUGUUCUCAGAAGCCUCUGUGUGAGAGAGAUGAAGAAGUGGCUUGAUCUCUGCUAGGCCUCAUCCGAGAAGCCUUCUCCAGAGUUCUCACUUCGCAAUCUAGGAGUUCUGACACAAGGCCACGUGCAGAAUUGCAGACCAUGAGAUCCAGGGUCCCAGGCUGGCUGACUGUUGAGGAGCUAUGAGGACAGAGUGAAGAACAAGUGAGUUGUCUCUAGCAGGCCUGAGAUUCAGGGCUGCUCAGAAGCCCUUGGUGUUAGGGUCUGAUUCAAGAAGGCUUGGCUUGGCUUGGUUUGGUUUAAGCCCUGGUCCCAGGUAGCCCAGGCUGUGUAGCCUUGAGCACCUGUCUGUCUCCUUGCCUGUACUUUAGGAACGCUGGGCUCACAGGUAUGUGCCACCUUGCCCAGCCAAGACUUAGUGCUACAGUGUGCUUUUUUGUAAUAUAACACUCACCAAAAGCGGCACGGGGGAGGAAAGGGUUUAUUUGACUUACAUGCUACACUCUGUCAUGAAGAAAUGUGGCUUGCUCCACGUGGCUUGCUCAGUGCCACCCGCCCAGGUAGCCACAACCAUGGUGGACCAGAACCUCUCACAUCAAGAAGCCCAUCUCAGUGGAGGGUCCCUUGUCCCAGGUGACUCCAGUUUGUUACACUGAGAAACACCUUAACAGUCUAAUCUAGAGCCUGGCAUGAGGGAGGCAGGAGAGGAAAACGCUAGCUGUUGCUCUAGACCAAUGUCAUCCUUCAGCAAGAGCAACCCACCCCUUCCACCUCCCUCAGCCUUCUCCUGGUAGAAACACAGAUUUUUUUUUUUUUAACAAAGAACUUUAUUCAAGUCUUUUUGUCAUUAAAAGAAAACAUUUGGAGGUGGAGAAAAGGCUCGGUGAUUAUGAGAACUUACUGCUCUUACAGAGGGCCUGGGGUUAGAUUCCCAGCAUCCCAUAGUGGCUGACAACUGUCUGUGGCUCUAGUGCCAAGGAAUCUCUUGCCCUUUUCUGGCCUUCUAGAGCACCAGGCACACAUGCAGUACACGUACAUAC